AUCAGCAGCAGCAACAUGAGGUUACAAGAAAGUCGCAAUUCUUUGCAAUAACCCUGGUGCAUUUGUUAUGCCUCGCGAUUGCGACCGUCAAUCCUUGCCGUGAAGGUAUCUGUAACAAUGAUAUACGUGGCUGCAAUCGCGUCCUUGUCAACAUUGUCUUUGUUUACUUUGAAUGCAUUGCCGAUAGAUUUCAUCCUGCCCAUCUGCCUCCCGCAAUAUGUACCACCUGGUACGGUCUCUUUAUCUCUACGCGACCAGUAAGCCAGAGUACUCCAUAAUUCUGCUUGGUCUUGACAAUGCCGGCAAGACGACCCUUCUAUCUCAGAUUAAAGCACUCUUCAACACUACCACCGACCCCGCCGGUCAAACAGGUGACGCAGAACCAUCGGACACAGCAGGAAACACCGUCCCUACCGUGGGACAGAAUGUCGCAACCAUCGAUCUCCCCGACAUGUAUGUGAAGAUCUGGGAUGUAGGAGGACAAAUGAGUUUGAGGAGACUUUGGACAAGCUACUACAAAAGCGCACAUGCUAUCGUAUUUGUGGUCGAUAGCACGGAUUUAGGCAACGGUGAACUCGACGAAGCGCCUAGAACACCUGGAUGGCACACACGAAAGAAGAGUUUCAUUAGCAAGACGGACGAUGAAGAGCCGCAGACACCAUGGACGCCAAUGACUCCAGUGACCCCAGGUAUGCUAUCACUUGGGCAAUCUCAAGGACGACUAGACGAGUGCAGAGCGGUCCUGGAGAGUGUGCUCGAGAACGAGGACGCCGUAGGCAUUCCGAUCCUGGUGUUGGCCAACAAACAAGAUCGCGAAGACAGCCUGGAGGUCGUGCGAAUCAAAGAAGGCUUUGUCAGAAAGGUCUUCGAAGGCGAAAAGGGAGGCAUGGUGCGCGACAGUCGAGUCCUGCCAAUCAGUGCUCUUCGAGGAACUGGGGUCAAGGAGGCUGUCGAAUGGGUCAAGAGUCGAGUGGUCUGGAAUAAACAAAGUCGACCUCCCGUCAUGAGAUGACAUUGCACAACUGCCAUCCAUCGGAAAGUUCGCUAUUGCGAGGGAUGUUUGCAUCCACCAAAUAGAACCAUCUACCGCUCUCAGCAACAGCAUCGGGCUAUAUGUUCAGAUAUUCGGCCUUCAAAAGAGCAGUCGGCAUUCACCACUCAGUCUCUUCAGAGCCGAGGGAUUCGUCCUUCAUGCCUCAUACCAGCAUCAGCAACCUGGCAAUGACUGUCUGUCCUUGAUGGUUUCAGGUCCUGUGCGUCAUGAUGGCGAACCCGGGAGAGAAGAAGAACCUUCACCUUGGUUUCCCUGGUAAUAUCAGCUGCGACUCACCCAGUCUGGGCCGCUAGCACUGCAUGCCGACAGAGAGUUGAGUCGGCUGUCCUACCCACAGAGCCACAGUUCGUGCCGUGAGAGCCUCCUCCUUGAAGUUGGCUUUCCAGUGGGUGGGCGGUCAUCUUCGAGAUUUCAGACAAGCCAGCCUUCGGACUCCUUGUCAUACCCGAUCAGCUGCAGGUCGAUGUUCAUUUCGCGAAGCAUCGUCUCCAUCGUGAACGUCUGCCCUGUACAUUAGUGCGCCCAGAGGAGCUAGGGAACGAAAAUAUGAGACUUACAUCCGGCUCUUCUUCUUCGUUACUCGAGUGGUUUGCUGCGUCGAAAUUAUCUUUGUCAGCGGUCGCAAUCUCGGGCUGGCUGUCGUUCUCGUCCCUUCUAUCAUCGGGAUAGUGGUGAGUUGUCUUCUCAUCUUUGUUCCAGAGACGUGCAUCAUCUUGAGCACGAUGUUGCCAUGCCUUGAAUCCACCCAUGUGGUCGAUUCGUUCCUUGGCUUCAUCAAAUAGCUGUUCAGCAACAUCCCGGGCAACAGCCUUCCACUUGGAGAUCAAGACUUGUAACUGCACGAUCUGGUUUGAUGUCU